GGUCUUCCCCAGCCCACUGCCUGAGCUGGCAAGACAGUCCAGAUGUUUUCUCUUUACUUGAGGUCAAGAUAGAGGAAGGAAAGAACGGAGCCGCUUGUUCUUGUAGAUCAUGAAAGCCAGGUGGAGCCUGUUUGUCAUCCAAGGCCACUGAUUCAAGAGGUCAUUGACCUCGGAGUGACAGAGGAGGUUCCAGGCCUGGGCGUGUGCUAAAGGCAGAGCUGCCAGCUGGGCCCUACUGCCACAGGCCCUGUAGCACUGCCCCCAGGUGUGUAGGGCGCUCAGGAGUGGAGACCAUCCAGGGCUCCUGUAAGCAGAGGACACAGAAACCAGCGGCCUUCCAAGGCAGGCCCAGGAAACUGGAUCCCAGGGGUCUUCAGGGCUUUGCUCAAGGGCCGGAACCGAGGAGCCCAGGCGGGCAGCUGGGGAGCACAGGGGCUUAAGGAUUUAAUUGUCAGAAACGGAUCCCAACCGUGAGCAGGGGCAUGGACCACAGUGACGGGGUCGUCCAAGCCCCAGCUGGCACCGAGGUGCCUCAGGAACUGCUGGAAGAAAUGGCUUGGUUUUUUCGGGUAGAAGAUGCAACUCCUUGGAAUUAUUCCAUCUUUGCCCUGGUGGUCGUGGUGGUCGUGAUAAGCAUCGUCCUCCUGAGAAGGAGCAUCCAGGCAAACAGAAAUCAAAAGAUGCUGAGGAAAAACAAACCGGAAACCCAAACUCCAGAACUCCAAGACUUGACUGAGGCCGGAGCCAGAGAGGACAACAAUGUGAACAUGCUAAGAGAGACUUUGCUCUCAGAAAAGCAAAAUUUGGCCCAGGUAGAAAUUGAGUUAAAAGAGAGAGAGAUGCCACGGGUUCUCUUUCCAGACCCACAAGAAUCGGAGAGUUAGUAGGGGUCUAGAGCACCACCCCACGUUGUCAGCAGAUAAAGUGAAUGAACUGCAAUCGAACUAAUAUUCUGUUAUGAAAAAAAAAAACGCUCCCUUUUUAUUAAAAUGCUUCUGAAGUGGGCACUUGGAAA